UAUUCACUAGAUAUUUAUGCAAGUAAAGAUCCAAAAAGCCGCAAGGACGAUGACAGCAAAAUUAUCAAUGACGGUAAUAACAUGGAAGCCCUCAUUAAGGGAUGCCGCAAUGCCAGCGAAAAAUUGUGUGGAGCUUCGUUCAGAGAAAUAGAGUCUCAAUCGAACGAUGGGUCGGAUGUGUCUCAAUUAAGUCUAGGAGGUAAAAUACAGCUCAUCGCUUUACACCAGAGACGGGAUCCCGACGGAGAGGUUUUCUUGGACGACGACUUUGACUCACGAGAAUCAAAGCCUGAGUGCCGUAACCUCAAAGAAGCUCGUCAUUUAGACGAGCAAACUUGCAUCAGCAACGAAGAAAGGGAUGCGACUGACAGCGAAGUUAGUGAGGAAGUUCCGAAGAUAAUUGCAUCAGAAAAAACUAACUUCCAGUUCAGAAAUGAAGAAUGGAAACAUCUCUUACAGCGCAACAAUGAGCUACUCUCAAAACUUUCAGGAUCAGACUUUCCGUUUCUACUGAGAGAAAACGAGUUACAAUUUCGCACCGCCCAAAACAACGAGUGCAAAGUGGCAAGCGGCAGUGACGUGUCUCUUUCGUUUGUAAACUACAACGUGGAAGAGAGCGCUUCUCAGAGCUGGGAAAAUAUUUAUUCCACAGAAAAUUGUACGACAAGAGGCAACGAUACAUACUUCGUGCCAACAGGAAAGCCAUUAAGACCUUUGACUCCUGUAACGCCAGAUUGUAUCUUGGAAGACAUUAGUGAAGAAACAUCUCAAGCUGAUUUAGAUUCCUUGCCCUCAGACUCAAGAACUAUUUUGAAGGAAUCGAAUUGCGAUGCAGAACGAAAACUUCGAGAUCAGAUGGCCAGCAACAAUGCAGCGGUUCUGUGGCAAAAACAUUUGAGUUCAACCGAUGCUGCAGAUAAUCGAGACACGAGUGCUACUGAAAGAAGUCUUUUGUGCUCCUCGUUUUCAACAGGAGCGAAGAAUUCUUCUGAAAGUUCUCAUGAUAUAGGCAAUAACUCGACCCAACGCGAUAGUUUGAAUUCUAUCGAGGGGACAUCUGGAAACUUCCCAGAUAACAACUCCACAGAAAUGAACUCGAAAUGCACAAACAAGAGCUUCGAAAGGCGCGACAGUUUUGAUACUUGGCGGAGUGAAGUCUGCUCGGAAAUAAAAGAAAACGAAAAAAUUGACGUUCAUGAACAAUUAAAUAAUAGAAAAAAUUACAAAUCCGGCACUACAGCUAUCAAUCAAGAGCAUAAUACUGUUCUCCAGGAUAUUUUGAAGUCACAAGAUGUUACUUCCUUUGAAGCUGAUGCAAGUAAUGACGAAAAUGUUGAGCAUCAAUCAAAAUUACUGGGAGAGAAUCAUAGUGUCGUAAAAUCGCAGAUUGAAGCUUCUUCUUCUGUGGAAGUUCUAGGAAAAAUCAUGACAACUCCAACUCGAAACCAGUUUCUCAGUCAGAAAAAUGCCAUAGAGAAGCUCGUGUUGGAAAAAGCCCAGAGGCGGAAAGAAUUGCAAGAAUCUGUUCUAAAGGCAUCGUCUGGCACCCAAACAACUUCCUCAGAUUCAGGUUCCCUGAAAAACAACGAAACCGAAGAUCCUGCUUCGGAAAAUGAGUUGACGCAUCACAAGAAAAGCGGCCAGCCGUCUUCAAAAACACUGCCGGAAUUGUCGGAGGAGCAACAAUCCGUGGCUGUUAUUUUAGAUGCUCUGCUGCGCUCAUUUCUCAGCAUCAAAACCGCCGACUUGGAGAGCAAAAAAGCGCUGCGUGGAGAAAAAGACAAGCUCCAGGCUCUGCAGCGACAGAGUUUGAGGCUCUGUCUUGAGGCUGGCUGCGUGCCACACUCCGUAGACUGGCCAGAGCUCCACGAAACUUGCCGCCGCGAGAGCAGCAACCUAAGGAUCAAAGCUGAUUUGUGCCAACAGAAAAAUCUUGAUCUCAUCCGCAAGCUUUUAGACGACAAGAAAACAUUGACGGAAGACUAUGAAACAGUGAAGAAAGAAUUAACUACCAGCUGUGCCAGACACGCUUCUAAGAUCAAAGUCUUGGAAGAUCAGCACAGACGAGAGCUGUUGACUUGCAAACAGAAGAUUGUGGCUGCCGAGCAGACCAAGAGGGAAAAGUGGACGCAACAUAAAACCAAGCUCAUCAAAGAAUCCAGUUUUCGAGGCCUAGAGACCCGAAUAAAAAAUCUCUUGUCGACGCACCGAGACGAGAUCAGCAAACUCAAGGCGAAGCAUUGGCAGGAGAUGAGAAGCGUAGAGCAGAAAGCGUUCGAGGAGCAGCGGCAGCAAGAGCAGCAGCUGCGUCAGGCGUGGCAGCAAGAGAAGCAGGAGGCUUGUCGCAUGGAGAGGGAGAGCGCCAAGCAGAGGCUGGAAUUGGAGCUUCAACGCAGCGAACAGAUCGCAACUGAACGGGCGCUCGCGGUGAGUAAAGCUCACGCAGCGGAGCUCGCUGAGAAGAAAGAAAGUCAUGAGCGUGAAGUGAGCGCUCUCAUCUGUGAGCACAGGGCCCAGACCGCUCAUCUGCUCAGCGAAGCUGAACGCGUCAAACUGCAACUGGAGAACACAAUAGCGAGCACUCACCAGGAAUACCAAGGUCAAAUAAAUUGCCAUUCAACUCAUUAA